UUGUUUUGAAUAAUAUUAACACAAACACCUAAAUUAAAAUUUGUCUAUCAGUUCGGGAGUUUCAGUCAUUGAACCGAGAUGUCUGAACGAAGCGUCACGCCGACUGGAGGGGCUCAACCAGGCGUCGGCGCCGACGCCGAGCGUCGGGCGGGCAUAAGCGUUCGUGCCGGCCCGACGCUCAUGAAAAGCGUCUCUAUAUUCCUGACGAGCGGUCGCAAGGCAUCAGCAAAGCGGCAGAUCCCCGCCGCUUCCGGCAAGGGCGAGUCGUCGAGGAGGAGACGUCGUAAAAGAAUGCCGGAGGGCGGAGGUGCCAGGAAUUCCGCGUACAUCGUCAAAGUCAUCGAGUCUCUUAAAAAAAAGACGAGAUUCUCCAGGGUGGAACUGGAUAAUCUCUGCAAACUUUAUAAGAAAUUAACUACCAAUUCCGGUCAACAACAAGUUGGGUCUAUCGGCAGGAGGCCACAAUCGAGGCCGGCCGUCGAGAAAAUCGACAGGACUAUUUUUCGAGAACUUCUUCACAACACGUUUCACGUGAUCACGGAGGACAUUUUAGUGGAGCGUUUAUUCUGCUGUUGGGAUCGAGAAAUUGAGGGUGCCAUCAGACUCGAGCCGUGGAUUAUGGGGCUCGACGUGUUCCUGCGGGGUAGUUUGCGUGACAAGAUCUCUUUCUGCUUUCACGUAUACGAUUUAAACAAUGACGGAUACAUCACAAAAGACGAAAUUUUUCAGUUGCUCAAAAAUUGCCUGAUAAAGCAACCAGGUGAGGAGGAUCCGGAUGAAGGGGUGAAAGAUUUGUCGGAGUUGGCCUUGAAGAAACUCGAUGUCGAUCACGAUGGAAAAAUAUCGUUUCGAGAUUACGAAAUGGCGGUCAAAGAGGAACCGCUAUUACUAGAAGCGUUCGGACAGUGUUUGCCUACUGAGGAAAGUUGCGCAGCUUUUCUGGCGACUCUUCAAUCCUAAAAAAAAUCUACAAAAUUAGAUUAAAUAGCUGUGUUCCUAUACAAGUGUUUUGUUGCAAAAAUUUUCCCAAACAAACUUCUUUCAAUAAGAGACAUUGUUGAGAAUUGAUUAGUUACAUAAUAUAUAAAAAAAAAAA